AUGGUGUUCAUCCUGUACAAAAAGGACACAAGUCCUCCUUGCAGAUCAGUUCAGAUGGUACUUCACGAGCUCGGAAUUUAUGACGUGGAACUCAUUGAAGUGAAUCUGCCAGAAAGGGACCAUCUGAAAGAAGAAUUUCUGAGGAUGAAUCCGCAACACACUGUUCCCACGUUAAUAGACGGAGAUUUCAUAAUAUGGGACAGCCACGCCAUAGUCACAUAUUUGGUGAACAGAUAUGCUAAAAAUGACACAUUAUAUCCUAAAGAGCCUAAACAAAGAGCCAUUGUUGAUCAGAGGUUACAUUUUGAUACCGGAGUGCUCUUCGCCAUAUUACGAGCCACUGCUGAACCGGUAUUAUACAACAAUGAAAAGAGCUUUAAACAAGAAAAUCUAGAGAAAAUGGAGGCAGCCUACGAAUUCGUUGAAAAAUUCCUGACUUCCGAUUGGCUAGCCGGAGACCAAGUUACAUUAGCCGAUAUCUGCUGUGUAUCUACAAUCAGUUCCAUGAACGUAAUUGUCCCUAUUGACAAAAAGAAGUACCCAAAAAUAAUUUCAUGGCUACAGCGCUGUUCCGAACAAGAAUUUUACAAGAAAGCCAACGAACCAGGCUUGAAGAAAUUCAUAGAAAUGUUCAAAAAUAAAAUCGGCAACUAAGUAUAUUACAAAUGCAAGUUCAAUUUUGUAGUAUUAUACUCAAAUAUAAUUUUUAAUCAAAUCCGAA